GAUCGAGACUGUGGUCACUUUUAAGCUUCUCGACAGCCUCGGAGACCCCCAAGCGUGUGUCGUGGUUCCUGUACAGCUGAUAUAGGCUUCCUGACCAUCAGCCGGUUUGUUCCAGUUGUGCCAGGCCCGACCCAGUGAAUUUUCGUAAAUACAGAUGCAGAAAUAAAGGCAUAUAUGGCUAUAUUAUCUGAUAGAUAUCCAUUUAACUAUCUAUUUGCCGGGUUGGUAUGCGCGUCUAGACUGAUAGAUAUGUAUUUAUUUGUUUAUUUAGGCGUGUCAAGUAUACGAAUAUUCUUUGGGUCGGGCAUCGCAUAAUUCUAACAUACCGGUCGUAUGUCUGUGUAGAUUGUGUCGGCUUUUGGAUGAUGUAAUUAUUUCUUCUAUAUGAUAUAACACCGUUGUAUAGAAAUAUGUAAAUUAGGAUGGCACGAAUGGUUAGAAAUGGAAAUAAGAUAUGAG